AUGAAGUUUUAUCCAGCUGUGAGUGCCUCGUCCGCAUUUCCAAAAGACGGAAUGAAGGACAAAGAUGAGGUUGUUGAUGUAAUGAAAACAUAUGCCAUUGAAAACAAUUUUGUUCUUGUCACUGCCAGAAGUCAGAUUCCCAUUCUACAUCUCAAGUGCGCCAAGGGAGGCACAUACAGAGGAAGGCGUGAUGGGGGCGAGAACGUUAAACGAUCCACCGAGACUCGCCGGGUUGGCUGUCCGUACUUGCUGAGAUUUUCUUUUAGAAAGAAGGAUCAAAAGUACUAUCUUUUGAGAAGCCUUCACGAGAAAGAAGAAUAUCACAACCACCCUUUGUCUCCAAAAGAGCUGUCGGCACUUCACGAGGGCCGAAUGGCCAAGCUCACCAAAGAAGACAUCACCCUCACCGAAAGACUAUUUAAAGAAAACGCAAAGACUAUGAAAAUCCAAGAUCUGCUCAAUGACGAACGUGCUCCUGGAAACAAAUUGACAACACAUGAUAUCAACAACUGGAGAUAUUCAUUUGACCAACGCAGUGACAUCCGAAGAUCAACAACUCCGGAUACAAGUAAUAACGAAGGCUAA